CUCAGUUUUCGUUGCGCUUUCGGUGCGACCAGUUGUCGCCUCGCCUCAUACGCUGCUCCUUUGCCCACCAUUUUGCCGAUUGUCGCGAAUAUUGCAGAUUGCAAUUUGGCGCGCGCGAAACUCUGUCCGUUAUACUGUGAGUUCCACUGUGUGUGCGUGGUUAUGAAGUGAUGUGCUUGACCGCGAGAGAUAACGGUGUCACGACAGUGCUGUAAAGCUGCAGAAUGGCCCGUAAGGACGAUCCCGUAUUCAAUGUGAAAUUCGUUCAGCUCGUGGAGAGCCAGGCCUGUCUGUGGAACUACACGCAUCCCGGCUACAGCAAGAAGGAGGAGGUGCAGCGCGCUUGGCAGCAUGUGGCCAACGAAAUCAAGGACACGGUACGCAACUGCCGCGAGCGCUGGCGCACCAUUCGGAGCAGCUUCCUGCGCUCCCUGAAGCUAGCCCGCACUCAGACGGGACGCGGCAAGCGUAAAUACUACCUGUCCAAGUACCUUCAAUUUUUGAUACCUUACACAAAGUCGCGUUCCGGGCACAAGCAGGUGGCAGUGGCGGCAGGCCCGGCCACAGCGGGGAUGGUGCUGCGCAAGCCCAGCACAUCGACAGCGGCCACCUUUCUGGCCGGAGUGGGUCACUUGCGAAUGGUUGGGCAGGUUACGGAGGAGGAAGAAACCAAAGAGAGCGGCGAGAGCGAGGGUGAGGGUGAGGGCCACCUCCCGCUUGAUGUUCAGGUUUCGGAGGAGGAGGACAAGCACCAUGUCACGCACUCGCCCACAUCCUGCUUGCCCCUGCGAUUGCAGUCGAUCAAGGUGGAGCAGCAGCAGCAUCCGCACACCCAGCCACAAACCCAACAACAGAGCGACAAAAUUGUGGCCCACCAAUCGUUGGUGACGCUACCGGCCACAAUGGCUGCCGCUUUAAGGCACCACAACAUGAACAACUGGACGGAGCUAGCUCACUGGCUCAAGGGCAGUAGUCAUCAUCACAGCAACGACAACGGGCUGUUGGCCCACCAAAAGCUGUCGACGCCACCGCCGCAACCCCCCCGGGUGGCCACCCCGGCACCGGCCAUGCCUACACCGCCCCCAGCAACAGGACAAGGCCCAUCAGCGGCACCAGGACCCGAUGCGGACUACUCCUUUUUGAUUAGCCUGCACCCCUACCUGAAGGAGAUGAGCGGCAAGCAGAAUCGGCGCUUUCGCCAGAAGGUUGUCGGCCUCAUCGACAAUGUCCUGGACAAUGUCGACGUAUGAUGGAGUUGGGACUUGGAGCAACACCAAUAGUGCCCAUUUGUUAUGUGUCUGUGUAUAGCUAGCGUGUAUUUGCAUUGUCUUUUUUAUAUGUGAAAUAAAGCCUGUAAUUCAUGCAUAUAAAA